AACCCCCCCAUAACUUAAUGCAACUUGCUCCUGUGUUCAGGUUUUUUACAUUCAUUAGCUUGGCUAUAAUACACUUUCUUCCUUGUACUCAUUCUUCUAGGGUGGCAGUUCGAAUAAUUUACUGCUUGUAUUCCAUGUACAGUAUCUUUCAAAACAGGAUCCCUAAAUGUUAAGUCAUUAUGGUAAUAAAUUAAUGAAUUGCUAAUUAAAGCAUGUGUGUGAAUAAGAAGCUAAAUGAAAAACAGCUUUGAAAAAAGAUUCAGGAGCAGUGAAUUGAAGAGGCAGGGAAGAGCAAUUAAGGGUCAGGUGGCAAAUUAGACCUCUGUUGGUAGGGAGAUCCCUUCCCCCCUCCAAUUAGGAUAAUAGGCAGCAGCACCCAUCAGAAUCUGAAAUAAAUGGAGAAGCUCGGGAUAAGCCUGAACCAACUUGAUCUGGAGAAAGGGGGCGGAUGAAGGUGGAAGGCAAAACAAGGACACAAACAAACUACUCUGGGAUACUGCGCUGCGCCUGGGCGCCCGGUGGGCGAAUGGAGCGCUUCGUCCGUGUUCCGUACGGUUUGUACCCGGGCUAUGGCAACACGCUGCCUUUGGGCCAGCCUGGACUCUCUGAACACAAACAGCCCGACUGGGGGCAAAACAACGGUCCCCCCGCUUUCCUGGCCAGACCGGGGCUGCUGGUGCCCUCGAACGCCCCUGACUACUACGUGGACCCUUACAAGAGGGCCCAGCUUAAGGCCAUUCUCUCGCAGAUGAACCCCAGCCUGAGCCUACGGCUAUGCAAGGCCAACACCAAGGAGGUGGGCGUGCAGGUGAGCCCGCGGGUGGACAAGUCCGUCCAGUGCUCUCUGGGGCCUCGCACCCUGCGCAGCCGCUCCCCCUGGGGCAGCCUAGGUCACAAGCCUCCCAUGUUAGCCUGGGGAGUCUAUUCGCCAGUGAUGGGCCACAGGGGCUUGGUGCGGCUGCGGAAGGAUGGGGAAGACGGGGAGAGGAAGGCGCUUUCGGGUCCUGUGGAGGCCAGCCAGCCGCAGCAGCAGCCACCACCAACGCCAAGUGGGGAGGAGGACCCCCGCGAGGAACUGCAGCCGCGGGAGGAGUUGGUGGGGGAAGAUGCCUCGAGUCCCCAGGAAGGGAAGAGCAAGCAAGCCCAGGGAGACGCCGGCCCUCCUCUCCGGAAGUCCAACUUUCAGUUUUUAGAACCAAAAUACGGCUAUUUUCACUGCAAAGAUUGUAAGACCAGAUGGGAAAGUGCUUACGUGUGGUGCAUUUCUGGAACUAAUAAGGUUUAUUUCAAACAACUCUGUUGCAAAUGCCAAAAGAGUUUUAACCCUUAUCGGGUAGAAGCAAUCCAGUGCCAGACCUGUUCAAAGUCUCGUUGCUCCUGUUCUCAAAAGAAAAGACACAUCGAUCUAAGGAGGCCUCAUCGGCAGGAACUGUGUGGCCGCUGCAAAGACAAGAGAUUCUCCUGUGGCAAUAUUUACAGCUUUAAAUACAUCAUGUGACAGGCAGUAUGACUUGUGCAGGACACCCAAACUCUGCUUGUAACUCACCGUACAGUUCCUGUUUUGCAACUUGGCUCUGACCUGGUAUUGGAAAAUGAAUUAGGCUUUUUGUACUUUUUGUAGGUUGUAUGAUAAUUGUCAAUGUGA